GGUGGUUAGGGUUUACGGUGGGGAUCAGGUGUUAGGGGAAUAGGGGUUAAGAGUUGGAGUUUUGGGGUUAGGCUUAGAGGGCCUAAUUAGGAUAAGAAGGGUUAACUAUGGUGACUGAUGAAAUCAUGACGUCGUUAGUCAUUAAGGACAUUUCGUGCAUUUUAUUAAAAUAGUAAGGAUAUCUGGUGCAUUUUUUCAAACAAUAGGGAUACCACAUGAAUUUGAAAUACCAUAGAGGUAACUAGUGAAAAAACCAUUUCAUUUACACCAAUGACUAAAGGGAUUACAUCAUCCUUCUAAAACAAAUUCUCAUCCAUUUAUGAUAGAGAACGUAUUGUGUCGGACUCGUCCGACCAUAAUCUUUGGUCGGACGACUUUCAGGUGGUUCCAAUUUUUUUUCAGUUAGUCUUCAUUUUUUUCAGGUAGUCUUCAUUUUUUUUCAGGUAGUCUUCAUUUUGUUUUCAGUUAGUCUUCUUUUUUUUUUCAGUUGGUUUUUGUACUUCAGUUAGACUUACUUUGGGUUUCAGUUGGUUUUUGUUCUUUUUCAGGUAGUCUUCAUUUUUUUCAGUUAGUCCAUUAUUUCUUUCAGUUGGCCCAUUUUUUAUUUCAGUUGGUCUAUUAUUUGUUUCAGUUGGUAUACAUAUUACGAAACAAAGUCCAACUGAAAGAAAACAAAGUCCAACUGAAAGAAAACAAAGUCCAACUGAAAGAAAAAAAAGUCCAACUGAAAGAAAAAAAAAGUCCAACUGAAAGAAAACAAAGUCCAACUGAAAAGAAAACAAAACACUAACCUCUGCUUUCUCUCACUUUCUCCUUCUUCUGAUUACUCAUUCUCUCUCCUCUUUCCAAAAAUUGCAAAAAAAACACACCAAUUUCAUACGUUUAAUAAUUGCUUCCACCAUCAUCUUUCAAAUCUUAAAUUCCCAUCUUCAUUGAAUUCAUUCAAACAGAAUGAACAUUUGGAAUCGAUUCGGAAGAAUAAAAUAUGCUUGAAAGGUGGAUUGGCCACUCGAGUUGGUGGUGGUGUGAGUUUGUUGAAUAUGCAGUUGAGGACGGAACAUUCCGGCAUUCUAGCGGCAUCAGGUCAUGAUUUUCAGUCCAUCACCAACAUUUACUUAUUUUUCAGGACUCUGUUGUUAGGUAUGGAUAUGCCACUACUCGUCCAUGAGCUAUCUGCUAUUGUAGCUCUCGGAUCUUAUGUCGGUGCUACCUCCUCCUUCCUCUUUGCCUCUCUCUCCUUCGUUAGACAGCAAUGUUGGUGGGGUUGGUGGUGACAACAACGUUGUUGAUGAGGGUUCUUGAGUUGGUAGUGACAACAACAUUGGUGGAGUUGGUGUCACACUUGAGAGGUGAGCCAUGGAAAGAAAUGGAAGAUGAGGUGAGGAAGGUUUUUGAGUUUGAUCUGAGUUUUCGUGUGAUUUUGUGGAGAAUUCAGAAUUGCGUUAUUUUAGUAUUGGGUUGGGCUCGUCUGACCAUAACUUAUGGUCAGACGGUCUGACCCAAUACUUUCACUUUAUGAUAACCUUUUGAAAAAAAAAAACAGCCAAAAAGCAAUUUUAUCUAAAAUUAGUACAUCCUCUAGGUCAUAAAAGUGAAUCUUUUUGCAAAAUUCAGCAAAAUUGAACCCAAAAGUUUGAUCAUUACAAAUAAAGACCACUUUAAGAAACGUAAUUUAUUUGUUUUUAAGGGAUGGCGGGGAAGAAUAACUGCUGUCUAAUUGUCCUUUACUUCACGCAAAAUACGCAAGAACCAUCUGCGUGAUACGUUCGGCCAAAUUUAUAAACAUAUAAAACCUCCAAAAUCCAGCAUUUUCUCAGAAAUCUCAGCUCAUCAAAAACUAAAGAGUAGCAAAAACCCUCUUUCUCUCUCCUUAAUAUAAGAGCCAUUUUCACUCAAAUUUGUAAAUUCCAUUGUUGGGCAAGAAAGAUUUGAAAUUGAAGUUCUGGGUUCUAAAGUUGGAAACUUGAGAGAGUAAAAAUGGAAGAAGAAAUGAAUGCUGAAGUUUACCAUGAACGUCAAAAGUUGCAGUUUUGCCUCCUUCAUGCCCUUAAUAAUCUCUUUCAGGAGAGAGAUGCAUUUAGCAAAGCAGAUUUGGAUGGAAUAGCUGAAGACCUGAUUUUGAAUAAUCCCAACCCAGUAAAAUGGACCCCAAUUUCUGCUGUUCUUAAUCCUCACUAUAAUAUGUUUACUGGGAACUAUGAUGCUAAUGUGUUGAUGGCUGCCCUUGAAAGAAGAGGUAAAAGACUAACGUGGCAUGAUAAGCGAAAUCAGGCUGCUACGAUUAAUCUUGAUGGGUUGAUGGGGAUUGUUCUGAAUGUUACUGUGAGAAGGUUUGCUGGGCUGUUGAAGAAUAGGCAUUGGGUUACUUUGAGAAAGAUUAAUGGGGUUUGGUAUAAUUUGGAUAGUGAUCUUAGGGCUCCUUCCGCUUUCACGAAUGUGGAUGGUGUUAGGGUGUUUUUGGAUAGUGUCAUUCGCGCUGGUGAUCAGAUUUUGCUUGUUACUAAUGAUAACUUGGAUGCUCUUUGAUUUGUACAUUAGGUCUUUGGUAUAGAAAUCAUAUAGAAUUUACAUCUAGCUUCAAAUUCUUUGGGAUGUUUCGAACUAGGAUUGGUGGAUGCUUUCGUUUGCUAGUUGCUAUGUGAGCUGUUUUUUUUAGGGAGGACUGUAGAAGGAGGUGAAAGAUGGAUGAUGUUCGUGUUUUGUGUUUUUCCUGUGGGCGAACGGACUGUAGUGUAAAGAUUCAAGACUGAUUUUGAGCUUGGUUUAGUAGGUGGUAGCCUGGAAGUUGAAGAUGGACCGUGAUAAUCAUCCUUCUGGCUUCUAUUACGAUAAACUGUGUAAGCAUUUGUUGCCGAGUUGGUCAGUUUUUUGUUCUUUUUUGUUCAUUGUGCACAGUUGGUUUGCUAUAUUCUGCAUAAACAACAAAAACAUGCAAGUUGUAUAGCUUUUCUUGAGUUCAUUGUUUGUAUAUGUGUCUUCUUAUAGGGAAUACUUCUAGCAAAUUUGGUAUAGAAUGUGACUUUUGUAAAGUAUAUCAUUACAUGAUUGUGCAACAAAGCUUUGCUCUUAGUUCAUUAAAAAACUCUAUGCCUGCUGACUCAUACCAGCUGUAGAAAGUUUUCUUUCAUUUGUCCUGGGUACAUAAUGGAAAAUAUCAUAUUGUUGUCUUAUUUUGUGGAGUAAAGAGUGUUUCUUAUGUUUCUCUUAUAUGAGGACUCUUACUUUUUCCACGUUUUUUCUUUAAUGUGUGUGGCAUAUCCGUCAUAUCCCUCAGCCCCAAAGUGGGAAAACACUUUGGAAGAGAGGGAGAAUACGUUAGUGCAUCAGCUUUGCAAGAUAGUAGAUGUACAGGAAGAAUGGGGUGACUUUUAUGAGUUCUCUUUUUGUAGUUGAGUGACUUUUGGUGAGAUAUAGGGUGACUUUGUUGAAACAUGAGGGACUUGGACCUAUCCUACAAUUUACACCGUCGGGUGUCUUGCAUAAGAAUAUGCCAAAUUUCAACUAAUUUUGACUCCUUUCUAGGCGUUUCUCUUUUCCUUUUGCUACAUCCUAUCUAACAAAUUAGGAGAUAAAGAUAAACAUGAUGCAAGUUCAGUUAUGUCCUUUUUAGGCAUUAUGUCCUUUCUGGAUUGUUUUCCAUAUAUGGUUGCUGCACUUUGGUGAUUUAUUUGCUUCUUGGGUUAGCAGGCAGCUAAAUAUCACUCAAGUUUCACUAUAAUAUUAUGUGAAAACAUUUCAGAGAGCUAUUUCUCGAGACUUCAUCCAUUGACUUCAUCCAUCCACCUCUCCCUAUCUGUUUUUCGGCUCCCCCGAACUAAACUAAACUCCCUCUAGGUAAUUUUUUAGAUGUCAGAAAGUAAUACACAAACAUAUUAUUUCUCGAGAGAAAAAGGUAAUGGGGUGACAAUCUCGAAGAAGAUCAAGAGCGGUUUUUCACCUAUGCGAUUCUUGAAGAGUUUUUGUGUAGGAAUCAGAGUUGCCUUCAAAUAUUUAACAAAUAGAAAGUCUUCUUCAUCCAAGAAACCAUCUUCGGGGUGGGUGAGGCCAAUCGAUUCAGUAGAAGCUCAUUCAAGAGAAGCCAUAGACGAUUGCAUUGAUUACAUUAAGGCUUGUUCUCCAUCUCCUAUUUCAAAACCUUGUGAUUCGAAAUGUAGCACCUAGUUGUCUUUCGGGAUGAUGAUUGCAGGUUGCAGUAAAGAAGAGAUAGUGCUAUAAUGCUCUUGCUUCUGCAGGGAUCCAAAUCCCGAAAAUGGUUCCGUUGAGUUGUCUUUUGCUUCUCAUCCCCCAACCUUAAUUUUUCUUGUCUAGAGAUUUUCCUGUGUAACGUAUAGUCUUUUAUUGAAGGGCAAUACUGUUCUGUUUGAGACUGUGUUGAAGUUUUAAAAUCUUCUCUUUCAAAUUGAUGCACACCAGGUUUCUGGUUUCGCUGUAAACUUGUUUCUUUGUCCUCAACCACACCUAAAAAACUACUAGAUUAGGUCCAAAGUGACUCACAACACACGGCCUCAGAAAUGUGGAUGGCCUCAAAAAAUUUCAUAGUCCAUACAAAAAAACAUAACCCAUGACCUUUUUUUUUCAUCUCAAUGUAACCUUAGUGUUCAUUAGAUCUUUUGAUUGAGAAAAUUGACAUGAAUGAAGCAUAAUAAAAUGUAUAUAUUUCAAAUUUGUGUCAUUUUUUUUUCUUUAGUCCAGAUAAUUAACUAAAACAUGGGCCAGAGCAAGACUAGCAGACAUUAGACAGCCUCAUUCUAUGCCACCGCAGGUUCUACCUCUAAUUCUGUGCUAAAAAUUUAGAUGUGUAUCAGACCCUCAGGCUGAGUUACACCCUAGAACAACACAUCCGUUAUUUGAAAAAACUAGGAGCAUAUAACACUGUUAUACACACUUCCUCUGCUUUUUUAGAUGCUUCAUUUGCCUUUUUGGUGAAUGUAUUAAAAUAAUCAAAUGUUGCAUCUAAGAAAAAGAGGUAAUAUAAGUUAGAAUGACAAAAUAAUCUUUUGUGAAACAGUUAUAAUUUGUUUGUUGAAGAGGGUAUUUGCAAUAUGGUGUCCUAGAUAUCCUGAUAUCCACAGUCCCCUUGUUAUAUGUAUAAUAGCCUUACAACUAAGAUGAAUCCCUCUUGCACAGAAUCUCAAACCAUCUUAGAAGAAGAGUUGCCUAGUUUUUGCAACUCAAUAGAUAUAAUUUGCAUAUCACAACUUUUUCGACUUUAAUCAACUCUGAUUGUUUAUUGAAUUUUGAUUUACAUUUAUUGUUAAAAGAACAAAAUGAGGCGGCGAAAACAUUCAAUUGUAGUAUAAUGUGUGUUCAUAAUUCUGAUAUUGUUGUCUUGCUUAUCUCAGAGAUUAACAUGGAUUAGAAGAAGCAGCUAGAAAAGCAAAUGAUUGAAUGAUAGAGAGAUUUGAUAAGAAGACAUGUAUAAUUUGAUUCCUAUAAAAGCAUGUUCUCUAAGAGUGACAUAACAAAAGAUGGAAUGAUAAGAAUGAGGUUGAAACAUUAAGAUAACUGAAAUGAUCCAAUGAUAUUAUACAUAUAAAAUGGACAAGACAUUGCAGUAAAGUGAUAAGUGGAAAGAAGAAGAUGAUCAACUAGUCUUUCUUGGCAAAUAGACCUCCAAAGCCACCCCCAUUACCACCAGUCUUCUUCUUACUCUGCAUCGAAACCGUGCCUUUCCUUCCAUUAGUGGUCCCAGCAGCCUUCUCUUCAACCUUCUGAAGAAGUGGGUCUGUCUCAUAGAAUUGAUCUUCCUUUGCUACUUUACCCAAAAGCCAAUCCACAAAGCUUUUUUCUUCCGUGGGUGCGCUCGAGCCUUUGGUCGCUCUCGUGGUGAAUACUCUCCCGGUGGCCGCUGCUCCGAAGACGAAGGGCAAAGAUGCCAUCUCACUUGUGCUGAGCUUGAGCUUGUGAUGGGUGUUGUUGGGUUAAGCUAAUAGUGGAAGAGGGAAACUAAGGGAAUAAGUGCUCUAGGAUAAACAGUUUUAUUGUAACUUGUAAGGCUUAGGAUAAUAUAUGCAACUUGUAUAUAGAAGUGUUUCAACCACGGGUUUUUCACAAGGGUCUUAUAAAUCUUAUCUUUUAUUUUAUUUUUAUA